UAUGCUAAGCGCGAGCUACUCCGCUGUAGCUCCGCUCGCCUUUCUGGUUGCUGCCACCUGCGCGCGAACUCGAAAUACCAGUUGACAUCUUGUUUGAGGGGGGGAGAGAGGAACCGAGAAACCGUUAACACUCUCCGGGACGUCGCGAGCGCACGUGCCGGUGAGGAGGGGAGGAGGAGGAGGAGGGAGGGAGACCGUCGCCAAAUGGAUAUGCAAGGCCCGGAGGAGCUCGGGGAGCAGGUCGAGGAACCGGAGGACCUGGACGACCAGGACACGAGCAGCAUCUCCCCGGCCGAGGAGAUAACGCUCCCACCCGGGGCCGGGGGGGAGGACGAGCCCGAGGGGGCUCUCCUGCUGCCCUGGGACCGCUUCUCCACCUGGCUGCACUGCAUCUGCGUGGUGGGCUUCGACCUGGAGCUGGGGCAGGCGGUGGAGGUUAUUUAUCCUCAUCACUCCAAGCUGUCAGAGAAAGAGAAAACGAGCAUCUGCUACCUUUCCUUCCCCGACUCCAACUCAGGUUGCCUUGGCGACACCCAGUUCUGCUUCCGCUUUCGUCAGGGUUCCAACAGGAAGUCGUCACUCAGCUGCUUCCUGGAAACCACCGACCGGGACGCACCGCCCUGUCUGAAGAGGGAGCAGGGUCAUUACUAUGGUUACGUGUACUUCCGUCAGGUGCGAGACAAAUCCCUGAAGAGAGGAUACUUCCAGAAGUCUCUGGUCCUCAUCAGUAAGCGGCCCUACGUGACCUUCUUCCACUCGCUGCUGAAGAUCAUGGCUCCUGAAUACUUUGAGAAGCAGGAGCCCUGUCUGGAGGCGGCUUGUAACGACAUAGACCGCUGGCCGACGCCCCAUCCUGGCCGAAUCCUCACGCUUCCCAUUAUGGGCGUGGUCAUCAAGAUUCGCAUCCCGACCUGCUACGACAAACCAGGAACCUCACAGCUGGUCCAGUCGGCUCAGAGUGACAGUCAGGUGUCCAUCGUGCUCCCAACCAUCCACGAAGUCGACCUCUUCAGGUGUUUCUACCCGGUCUUCUUCCACAUCCAGAUGCUGUGGGAGUUGGUGUUGCUCGGCGAGGCGCUCGUCGUGAUGGCGCCGUCGCCGGCAGAGUCGUCGGAUACCGUGCUGGCAUUGGUCAGCUGUAUCUCUCCUCUGCGGUUCUGCAGUGACUUCCGGCCGUACUUCACCAUCCACGACAGCGAGUUCAAGGAGUACACCACCAGGACGCAGGCUCCGCCGUCAGUCAUCCUGGGAGUGACCAAUCCCUUCUUUGCUAAAACUCUUCAGCACUGGCCUCACAUCAUCCGCAUCGGAGACAUGAAGCAAGCAGGAGAGAUGGCCAAGCAGAUGAAGGUGAAGAAACUGAAAAACCUCAAAACUCUGGACUCUAAACCCGGCGUGUACACCGCGUACAAGCCGCACCUCAACAAAGACGAAGACAUCAUCAAACAGCUGCAGAAGGGUGUCCAACAGAAGAGACCCUCGGCGGCCCAAAAUGCAAUUCUUCGACGGUACCUUUUAGAGCUGACGCAGAGCUUCAUGAUUCCUCUGGAGCGGUACGUGGCCAGUCUGAUGCCGCUCCAGAAGUCCAUCAGUCCCUGGAAGAGUCCUCCUCAGCUGCGGCCGUUCCUCCAGCAGGACUUCAUGAGGACGCUGGAGAAGGCCGGACCUCAGCUCACCUCCAGGCUGAAGGGAGACUGGCUUGGCCUCUACAGGCAUUUCCUCAAGUCUUCCAACUUUGACGGGUGGUUCCGCAACAGGAGGAGAGAGAUGACCCAGAAGCUGGAGGCUCUGCACCUGGAGGUGCUGUGUGAGGAGGAUCUGCAGCAGAGAGUCCAGCAGCACUCUGAGGUGGAGACGGUUGAUCUGGUUCUGAAGCUGAAAGACAAACUGACUCAGGCGGAGAGGGAGCAGCUGCCGGUGCGUCCGGGGACCGUGGUCAAACUGAGGGCCCACAUUGAGGCCGUCAUCCUGGCCUUACCGGAGGACCUGCAGGGCAUCCUGCACAAGCCCUCCACCCCCUGACCUUUGACCCCACCCCCACCACACAGUCUGCAACCCUCGCCCCAGUCUGAGCUUGUUUUAAAGUUCGGGGGGUAGUGGCUCUCCUCCCAGUUUGAGGAUCUCUUCCGGUCUCGCAUGGAGAAGAAAAAGCACACGGAGCAUUUCUUUUGUUUCCCUAAAUAUUCAUCCAACUUCAGGAGGGUUCUUUCUUUUCGGCGCAGAGACGUUGAGAGAGGAAAGGAGCGCUUGAUUCGUCUCACAGCGCUGCUCUUUACGACACGCGGCUCCGGUACAAGAGAGCUUCAUCUGAGCCCGAGUGUGGCCGAAGGGACUCGUCGUCACCUUGCAGGUAAGAGCAGGAGGAUGGACCCAGCUGACCUUUGACCCCUCGGCAUUUUAAAAUUGUUACAUGAUUGCUUCAGUUUGAAGAAACACAAAAAGUAUGUUUACACACACACACACACCUGUUAUGCAAACAUCUAAGCCGAGCAGUGCUUUAUGAUCAAAUGUAACCACUAUAUAGCUCAUUAAAACACACACACAUGCAUACAUACACACACAUAUACGCACAGCACCAGCGACCCUGUUUUAAGUGUCAACGCGGUAAACGACUCUCGGCCCUCGCGCUCAUUAGCCAAUCACAUCCCUGCAUCCGUGUCACGUGAUCUUUGCGCUGCCCCGGUGGCUCGAGGGAAAUCUUUUCUUUAAAAAAAAAAUGCUUCCCGAAAUCCUGACGUUUCGCCGAUUUCACCCGAUUGUGAGUUUCUCCGAGAGUCUGAGACACGUUGAACCAGGUUUUAGACGACGGUGGUUCUAUCGAACACGCGACAGCCAGCUUUAGGUUGAACUGAGAUCCUCUGAUGCCUCCAGGAAGGAGAGUUCCUCAGUCGGGUCGGUCGUCCUGCUCAGACCAAAGAGAACAUGGCUGGCGUCUGUUUUUAAGUGUUUCCUGAACCACACGGGCGCAUCGCUUCAACUCAAAAACACACGAUAAUAAUAAGUGUAAUAACAACAGAUUUAGCUCUAAUAAAAGAGACAACUGGCAUCCAUCAAAGCAUGUUUUCAACUUUUUACUGCAGAUUUAUUUUAUUGUUUUUUUGGUCAUUUCAGUGUCUUUGGCGAUUUUGAGCUACAUUGUCAUAAUCAAGUCCUUUAAAAUAUAUAUUUAUAUAUAUUUAAAUAUGUAUAUAUUUAUAUAUAUAUAUGUGUGUAUAUAUAUAUUUAUAUUCAUAUAUAUUUAUGUGUGUAUAAUUAAGAGAAGAAUAAUGUGACUGAUCAUUUAUUUAAACUGUUCUCGGCCACUCAAAUGUUCAAUGUUUAAGUUAAAAGGCCAAAACAUGCAACGGGAUUUACUUCCUUGAAAUUCAAUUAAUUGAAACUAAAAGCUUCGGACUUUAUAAUUUUUCUGACUUUCAUUAACAAAUUCUUGGAACCCACCAAAAAAAACAAUAAAAAAAAAAAUCUUAAACUCAUCUUUUAAUUAAAGCAAUAACAAGAUCAUUUAAUUUAUUUCAGUUAUUUGUAUUCUGAGGGAUUUAAAUGACAAUAACGAUUUCUGAAAGUGUAUUUCGUGUAGUUUGCAUUUCAAAAAUAUCACUUGUUAAAUUUUUUUUAAUUUAAACUCUUUUCAGACGUGUUUUUUGUGUGUUUUUUUCCUCACAGCCAUCAUGUAACAUGUUGUAUAAAUACUUUGUAAAGGUAAAAUAACUCAAACCUGUGACAUCCAGUUGUUGGGCAACCACCUAAGUUUUAUAUUUGUAAAGAAUAACAAACUUAUUUUAACAAUUUUUUAUUUUUUUAUGUAGGGCUGUUCUCAUUUUUCUUCUCUGUGGAGAAUUAAGAGUUUUUGUACAUAACGGCGGCCCGGAUAUGAUGAUGUACUAUGAUAUUACAAAAUACAGAGAUAUGAAUAACAACUGCUCCAUAUUAUGAUUAUUUAUAAUUAUUAUAAUUACUAUGUUGUUGAGACGCGUUGACAUUUUGAAUUUGUAGAUUUUUCUGAAAAUGUUACGUUUUAACGUUCAUAAAAUGAGAUUAUAAUGUAAUUUAAGAGGCAUUGAUAUUGGACAAUUGAUCAAAACUAGAGAUUAUGAUUUAGGGAACAGUGAAAAUUAAAGAUUUGAAAAUAUGUAAAGGUAGAGUAAAAAUACAAUAUUUAAAUUUGCACUUGGGUAAAUGUAUUUAGUUACUUUCCAAGAUGAAAUAAUAAAACACUACAAAUUCAAAACGUCAACGUCCGAUAACUCAAGCCUCUGUCUUUGUUAUAUAUAUAUAUAUAUACAGGACUGUCUCAGAAAAUUAGAAUAUUGUGAUGAAGUUCUUUAUUUUCUGUAAUGCAAUUAAAAAAACAAAAAUGUCAUGCAUUCUGGAUUCAUUACAAAUCAACUGAAAUAUUGCAAGCCUUUUAUUCUGAUUUAUUGCUGAUUAUGGCUUACAGCUUAAGAAAACUCAAAUAUCCUAUCUCUAAAUAUUAGAAUAUCAUGAAAAAGUAUACUAGUAGGGUAUUAAACAAAUCACUUGAAUUGUCUAAUUAACUCGAAACACCUGCAAGGGUUUCCUGAGCCUUGACAAACACUCAGCUGUUAUAAAUCUUUUUUUUACUUGGUCUGAGGAAAUAUUAAAAUUUUAUGAGAUAGGAUUUUAGAGUUUUCUUAAGCUGUAAGCCAUAAUCAGCAAUAUUAAAAGAAUAAAAGGCUUGCAAUAUUUCAGUUGAUUUGUAAUGAAUCCAGAAUGCAUGACAUUUUUGUUUUUUUAAUUGCAUUACAGAAAAUAAAGAACUUUAUCACAAUAUUCUAAUUUUCUGAGACAGUCCUGUAUAUAUAUAUAUAUAAAACCACUACUCUAAACCACUCCCGACGGCCUGAAGGACGACCGGUGUAAUAAAAAGUUAGUUUUUCCCAUGAUGGCCGACAUUGUUUUUUUUUUUUUUUUUUGUAAGCCAAUUAAAAGAUAAUUAUGAUAAUUAU